AUGGCGGAGUUUCUGGAAAUUCCAUCCGAGGCGCUGCUCCAGAGCCUCGACGAGGCCUCGCUUUCUAACUUAGAGGACGGCGACUGCAGCGCCUCGGUGUUGCGUCUCUGCAGCUACGGCUUCCAAGCCGAAGCCGCCGAGGAGGCACAAGGACGAAAGGGCUCGGAGCAGGUUGCGGUGGAGCUGGAAUCAGUUGUCUUUGAUGAGCACACGGAUGCCUCCUUCAUGACCCUCGCGCCCGUGGGCUCUCUUCCCGGGUUGCAGUUCCGGGAUCUUGAAAGCCCCGGGCUGCCUUGGUUGGAUGUGGAGUCAGGACUGUCGCAGGGUCACUUGGUGGCAUUCGUCGGUGACUUCCUAGAGGUUCUGACCAGGGGCGCGUACGUGGCUGCGCGCCACCGAGUGUGCUGUGAGGACUCGGGAAAACAGCGGUUUAGCAUGCCAUUUCUAGCAGCAUGCAUCCUUACAGCCCCGGAUUUCCAGCUGGGCCUCCGGGAGCGGGCGCCGGUGCUCCUGCCAACGCAAGCCCGUGCAGCAGGUGGCGCUCCACCCACCUCAGCCUUCGGAGCACCGCCCACGUCGGCGUUUCCAGGCGCCCCCCAGGCCGCAGCGGGCGGACCUUCAAUGGGAGGUCCUCCCAUGGGAGGGGCCCCACCCAUGGGCGCGCCGCCCAUGGGUGGGCCACCUCUAGGCGCACCGCCCAUGGGCGGUCCACCAGGCCCUGCCCCAGUAAACGUGCCACCUCCACCCACAGUGGAUCAGAUGAGAACGACUCCGGCUGCUUCGACCUUUCCUGGAACAGGCAUGGGUGCGGCAGCUCACACAGAGCCACCAGCAGCAUUUGGUGCUGCUGCAACAGCACAAGCACGAGGUCUCUACCCUCAAGCAGAUUCUUCUGUGCCAGGUGCGCCAGGUGCGCCAGCCGCGCAUGGCGGGAUGCAGACAAGCACUGGACAAGAUGCAUAUUCUGCACAAUUUCUGCGUGAUGUAGAGACUUUCAACUCUCCAGCUCAUUUUGUUCGUUGCUCAGUUUCAAGACUGCCCAACUCAGCGAGUGCCAAGCAGAGGUUAAACAUCCCCUUGGGUGUUGUUUUGCAACCCCUGGCACCUUUGGCUCCGGAUGUGGAGCAGGUCGCUUCAGUGAACUUUGGUGCUGUGGGGACGAUCGUCAGAUGCAAGCAGUGCCGAACGUACGUGAACCCCUUUGUGCAGUGGGAGGCGAACGGCCGUCGCUGGAAUUGCAACCUUUGUGGCUUCUCUCAGCUAACACCGGACACGUACUAUGCCAGCCUGGACGAGUCAGGCAAGCGUAUGGACCGCUUCCAGCGCGCCGAGCUGCACAAAGGUGCAGUCGAGUACAUCGCGCCGGGUGAGUACAUGGUCCGGCCUCCACAGCCUCCGGUCUUCAUGUUCGUGAUCGACGUCUCGUACACCUCAGUGGUGACGGGCUUGUUGAACACCGUUGUGGCAAGUAUCAAGGAGGCCAUUCAGUCAGGCAACAUUCCUGGAGGUCAGCGGGUCCAGGUGGGCAUUAUCACCUUUGACACCAGCUUACACUUCUACAACUUAAAUUCCAAUCUGAGCCAGCCGCAGAUGCUCGUGGUUUCAGACCUUGAAGAUCUUUUCCUUCCCUUGCCAGACGAUAUCCUCGUGCCCUUAGCAGAGAGUGAGGCUGCCAUUCUCAACCUGCUGGACUCCUUGCCGUCAAUUUUUGGCGAGACAAAAGUCAACGAAUCCUGCCUGGGCUCCGCGGUGCGUGGAGCCUUCAUGGCGAUGAAGCACAUCGGUGGCAAGCUUCUGGUGUUCGGUGCCUGCAUCCCCAGUGUGGGCGAGCUGGCGCUUAAGUCGACCCGAGAUAACCCAAGGUUGCUUGGCACAGACCGAGAAGUAGAAUUGCUGCGGCCUGCUGGGAACGACGGGUACAAGCAGUUGGCGCAGGAGCUAACUCCUGCGCAAAUCUCCGUGGAGUUGUUCCUGGCCCCCCAGGCGUAUAUGGACUUGGCCUCCAUUUGCCCACUUGCAAAGUACACGGGCGGUGAUGUCCACUAUUAUCCUCAGUUUAACAUCAAUACGUGCUUUGUGAAAUUCAAGAGCGAGCUGGUGCACGUGCUAACACGCUACAUGGGAUGGGAGGCGGUCAUGAGAGUCCGUGUCUCACGUGGCUGGAAGAUCACCAAGUUUGACGGGCACCUUUUCAUUCGAGGACAGGACCUCCUGGUAGUUCCCAAUUGUCAUUCUGACCAGACCUUCGCCAUUCAGAUUGACAUGGAUGAUAAUGUCACACCAGACCCUGUGCUCUACGUACAGAGUGCCCUGCUCUACACCAACAGUGAGGGCGAGCGACGCAUACGAGUACACACGUGGGCCGCACUGACCACGCCCAACUUCAACGACAUCAUUGGCUCCAUCGACGUGCAGGCGAGCGCAGCGAUGAUGUCCCAUCAGGCCAUGGACCAGUCAAUCAAGACCAACCAGACGGAGGGUCGCAAUAAGCUCAACUCCUUCUGCCAACAAGUGGUUCAAGCAGGAAAUGUGUGUCAGACGGAAGCCUUGCAGUACCUUCCUCUCUACAUCAUGGGCAUGCUUAAGUCUGCGGCCUUCCGGGCCACGAAUGACAUCUCGGCCGACUUGCGGACUUACAUCAUGAUGCGACUAGAAACCCUGUCUGUCUCGCAGACAGCCGCAUUCUUCAAUCCAAGGCUCAUGGCGAUUCACAAUGCGCCUGAGACAUGUCAGACACCGGAUGAGCAUGGCCGAGUACAGCUUCCGGAGAUGCUGAACUUGACCAGUGAGUCGAUGACACAGGACGGGGUCUACUUGCUCGAGGAUGGGGACUCCAUGUACAUGUGGAUUGGAAGGUCGGUGGACACCAGCUUUGUGCAGGCUGUUUUCGGCGUCAGCUCGUUCGAGCAGAUUGACACCAACUCGGCAGAAAGCGUAGUCGGUACUCGGGGCGACCCGCUCUCCACCAAGAUUGCAAACAUUCUCAGACAGGUGCGGCUUGAGCGACCCACUCCCUACAUGCAGCUGCACGUGAUACGACAGGGUGAGCCUAAAGAAAACAAAUUUUUCGCUGCGCUCAUCGAAGAUCGAACAAUCGGUCUGCAGAGCACUUACAUGGAGUUCUUGACACGGAUGGGCUACCGCCCCCAACAACAGGCUCCACCAGCAGGCGCAGGUGCUGGAAUGAUGGCCGCACCACCAAUGGGCGGAUACUGA